AUGCAGGUUGAUGGCUAUUCCUUUGAGAAAAUUAUGACUUCUAACUCAAUCUCGGGGCAAGAUAGUUCGAUCCUCUCUGAAGAUGUGUCUGAGGAUAAUUACAACCUGAAGGAGGAUAAUUACAACCUGAAGGAGGAUAAUUACAACCUGAAGGACGAUAAUUACAGCCUGAAGGACGAUAAUUACAACCUAAAGGAGGAUAAUUACAACCUGAAGGAGGAUAAUUACAACCUGAAGGAGGAUAAUUACAACCUGAAGGAGGAUAAUUACAACCUGAAGGAGGAUAAUUACAACCUGAAGGACGAUAAUUACAGCCUGAAGGACGAUAAUUACAACCUAAAGGAGGAUAAUUACAACCUGAAGGAGGAGAAAUACAACCUGAAGGAGGACAAUUAUAACCUAAAGGAGGAUAAUUAA